AUGCGGGCGCCCGAGGAGCCACCGCCGGAGCCGGAGCCGGAGCGGGACGCGGCGGCGGCGGCGUUCGAGCGGCACUGGCGGCGCGAGUUCCCCGGGGAAGCGCUGCCGGCGCUGCGGCUGGGCUCGGCGGCCGCCCUGGAGGAGGAGCUGGGCCGCUGCCGGGAGGCGCUCCGGGGGCUGCAGCGCGCCCUGGCCCAGGAGACCCUCAAGGCGCGCUACCUGGAGGCGGCGCUGGCCGGGCGCGCGCGGGGCAGCCCCUCCCCCGGCGCGGGCGCGCCCCGGGCCCGCGCCGCGCCGCUCCCGCCGCCCCGCAGCUGGAGGGGCCCCCCGCCGCCGCCGCCGCCGCCGCCCCGCGCCCGGCGCAGCAGCAGCGCCGGCAGCUCGGACGGCUCGGAGCGCGAGGAUGCCUCGUCCGCAGGUGGGUCCCGGGCGGCGCCUCGCCCCGCCUCGCGCGCUUCCCCGCUUGCGGCCGGCCCGCCCCGGUAG